GCCGGGGCCCGUGCUCGCGAGAAAGCUGGGCGGCGUUGUAGCGCCGCGAUGGCCGCGACUGACGGUCAGAUCGUGGUUGCGGCGGCACGCUGGGCCGAGGAAGCCACGUACCUGCGCGAAUUCGUCUCCAAGUAUCGCCUGCCGGCGGUGAUCAAGAUCACGAAGGGUCAGUACGGUGGGCUGGGUGUGCCGACGCUUCCGGCGCCCAGUCUGCAGAGUACGGCCCUGCUUGUGUCCGCUGGGCGCCGAAGGAAGAUCGUGGCCCAGGCGGUGAAGAUCAAAGAAGGACGCAGAGUAGUAGGCGUAGGGCCCAGACUGGCCAUCCCGGACUCGUAUGCCGGCUACUUCGAAAUACUGAGCGAGGAAGGGAGAGCCGUUCGCGGGAUCGAGUCCGUGAGCGAGCUGUGUCGACGAUGCCCGGAAGAAGGGGCCCUGGUGCGGGAAACCGUGCGCGGAAUAGCUUGCAGAGUGGACGACGAGUCCGGUAUAGUGGUGCCGGAAGGAACCAGGACCCUGGCAGCCGGAGAAACGAUCGUAACAGCCGGCGAGGUGAGUCUACCGGGUCGUGGUAGAUUCCUGCGUUGCGUCGACUGUCGAGGAGAGAGCGUGCUGUUGGGCAUGGAGCAGCGUGGACGUUUCAGCGCACUGGCGCGCGAGGACAACAUCAGCGGCGUGCACACGGCCCGAGCGUUGCUCAGCAAGCGUCUGCCGUUAACCGUCAGACUGGUACACGGCCAGCCACCGAGGGGACUGAAGUCGUCGUCGCAAUUCGUUCCGGAGCUGAGGCUGUUGUCGACCUUCGAGGAAGAACACGUUUUCGCGUUGCCGUUGCAGAGAGAGGGCGCGGCCGUGGCGUUGCCUCUGGCCGCCCCGUUGAAGCUGGUCAAGGCACGAAACGAGGAAGCUCUGAGGUCGAUGCAAGAGUUCACGAGGCUGGUGGAACGCGCGUCUCGCCUCGUCGCCGACGUAGCUGACCGUGCACACGUGCUGGACGGUCGACUAGGCGAGAGCAAACCUUCCAGGCAGACCAGAAGCGGCUCCGGUUUCCUCAGGCGAUCCUCGACCAAUUCGGAUAACGGGCCCCUGAGCCAUCACCGGAACAACGCGAGCCAUCACCAUCAUCACCAUCACUAUCACAGCAACGGCCACCAGGCGUCCUCUGGACACGCGGGCUACAGAGACGAGAACCGUGUGCCGCCAUCCGCGUGCACGGAGGAGUACGACGAGAUCGAUCAGAUUUACGACUAUGUCCGCGGGUUCGCGCCGCUGCCGAAGAGCGUGAGGUCGCCUUACGAGAGUCCGUUGCCGGGGGCACAGGGUUCCAGUCCUCCCCUGACACCGGUCACCGUAACGAUUGCCCCUCUGCUGGACGACAGACCGGAACCGCCGCCCAUAGAGACCAUACCGACGAAGAAGAUUCAGGCCGAGAAGAGGACGAGGCGUGCCGUGAAGGAGGCCCCUCAGCCGAGGGUCGAGAAGCCGCCGCUGGCCAAGCUGUACGUGAAGAACAGCGGCACGCAGAGGGGACGUCCCUUGAUGAGGCAAAAGAGCGCGUCGCCGUUGAAAGAGACGCCACCCGGGUACAAAGGUGGAUCCCCGCUUUUUAACAUUAGAUACAAGAGCUUGACGAACCUGCAGCAGGCCAUGGAGCUCGACGGGACGUUGGACUCGAGCCAUUCCGGGGGAAGGACGUCGGGGGACUCUGGUGCUGGUGCUAAGCUGCCGGAAAAGAGAUCGCGGCGUCUGAGUAGACCGCGCUCGCUGACGAAUUUAGUGUGGGAGCUUCGCGGCGGAAGUGGCCUUGGUUGCGCGAGACCGGAAACCCCGCCGCCGGCCACAGCAGCACCACUGCCGCCGACUAAAUGUGGACCACGUCUGGCUGUCACCGUGGUGGCACCCCGACGUGUUGGCACGCUCUACCUCUAACUCAUUCGAACCGACGAAGGGCUGAAGAAGGCAGAGAGCGGUCCGGAUGGGGCGUGAAGGAUCUCCGAUGUCUUCGACUAAUCAAAACUCGUAGCCAGAGCUCAAGUAUCGACGGAGGGACGGAUCUAGGGUCCCUCGAUGAUCCCACCAUUUGUCCGAUUUUUUUCUUCAUUUUUUUUUCUUUUGUAAUUCAUCGCAACCGCGACAGCCAUUGGAAGAAGACCUAACCUUUUGAACCGGUCUCGCGUCGAACCGCGCGAGAUUAUUCGAACGAGAGAAGAGGAAGAACGAUGACAGCAUACUGCGUGCUUUCUGCGAUCGUCGAUCGAAGCUUCGGGUUCAGCUUUCAACCCCGGAAGACGAGCCCGUGAACGACGCCGGUUGGACUAGCCCGGAGGAACCGGAAAUGGCACCCAGAAGAUGGCGCUUACCGUUCGCGAUCUAAGAUUGAGGAUCUCUGUAGCUGUAGAGUAGAACCGAUCCGAGUUUCUGACUUGAUCGACCUAUGUAAUAAUGGAGCUAGCAAAGAAAAAGCGUGCGACUAGAUUA